ACCAAAUCAGGCCACUGAGUUGGUUUUUUCCAUCACGUUCCUUUUCCGCAUGCAUCACGAGAUCACCACUUGUUGGAAUUUUGGCGGUCGAAAUUCAUUUCAGCUUCGCUGCAGAGUUUCAUCUCCGAAAGGUUUCUCUCCACCUUCACGGAAGCCAUAGCCACUGGACCUUCAAAAGCUUCAAUCAGUCUUCAAAUUUCAGAAAGUACACUCAUUGAAUUGCAAGCGUUGAUUCAGGAUCUUUUUGUUCUUCACUGAUAGGAGCUUGCCGAUAUGGAGAUUUGUGCUCCAAGGACUUGUCUGGACAACCAAGUUUUACUUGGUUCCAAGAAUGCAAGAAAGUUAAAGAGGGAAAACUUGAAUAACCCUUCAUGCAAUAUGGCAAUCCAGACCUUUAGGACGGGUUCUUGCAAGUUGAUCCAUUCUCACGAACCUUCGGUAAAAACGCUUCCUCAGGGUUAUCAGAUUAUCAAAAGAUAUUCCUUGCCUGUCACAUCAGAGGAAUCUUCAAUGCAAUCAGAAUAUCUUUCUACAGACGAAGAGGACAUUGUAAGUGCAGAGGAACUUCUGGCUCAACCCCUUAGCAGCGAACAGCUGAAUGCAUUACUGGCUGAUUCAGAAAGAGAGAGACUUGUCAAAAAGCUUAGUCACGCUAAUCAGCAGAACAGACUUCUCAAACGACAGCUACAUGUAAAGGAUGAAGAUUUAGUUAACUGUAAGAUCGAAUUUGCUGCCUUGGACCAUGAAAUUCAGGGUCUGAUCAAACUAGCAGAAGAAAUAGCACAAUCUGGUAUUCCAGAAGGUACGAGAAAGAUUAAUGGGAAAUACAUUCAAUCUCACCUUCUUACAAAAUUAGAAGCUGUACAUAAAAAGAUAGCGGAUCAAAUAAAAGAUGUAGAUUUGGUGCAAUCAAAAGAAGUUCCACUAUUCUGGUAUGGAAUGGCUGAGAGUGUGCAAGUUAUGGGAACUUUUGAUGGCUGGAGUGUAGGGGAGGAGUUGUCACCUGAAUACACUGGGGCUUACUCUAAGUUCUCAACAACUUUACGGCUUAGACCUGGGAGGUACGAAAUCAAGUUCUUAGUGGAUGGAGAAUGGCAGCUAUCACCAGAAUUUCCCACUGUUGGCGAAGGUUUGAUGGAAAACAAUCUGUUAGUUGUGGAAUAGUUGUGCUGCCAAAGAUUCAAAAGUAUGUAAAUCAGACUUAUAAAGUGUUAACUUAUAGUUUAUCUUUAACAUCUACUGUUAUAUAAUAAUCAUAUCCAUUACAAUACUUGGUA